AGUCUCGCGCAGACGCCCGCAGGCUCGGAGCGACUGUCAGGGCAGCCCGGCGUGCGGAGGCGGCUUGAGGAGGCGGGAAGGCGGCAGUGGUUGAAGGGGCAAGAGCCGAGUUGCGGAGAGAGGCCCGAGAGAGUGGGCAGCCAUGGUGAUGGCAGCAAAAAAGGGGCCAGGCCCGGGUGGCGGUGGCGCCGCGGGGAAGGCGGACGCGGAGGCGGCCUCGGAGGUGUGGUGUCGCCGGGUGCGAGAGCUGGGCGGCUGCAGCCAGGCCGGGAACCGCCACUGCUUCGAGUGCGCCCAGCGCGGGGUCACCUACGUGGAUAUCACCGUGGGCAGCUUCGUCUGCACCACCUGCUCCGGCCUCCUGAGAGGCCUGAACCCUCCUCAUCGAGUCAAGUCCAUCUCCAUGACAACUUUCACUGAGCCUGAAGUAGUAUUCCUGCAGUCCCGUGGAAAUGAGGUUUGCAGGAAGAUUUGGUUGGGUCUUUUUGAUGCUCGGACCUCUUUAAUACCAGAUUCCAGGGAUCCUCAGAAGGUGAAAGAGUUCCUCCAGGAAAAAUAUGAGAAGAAGAGAUGGUAUGUCCCCCCAGACCAAGUCAAGGGGCCCACUUAUACCAAAGGCAGUGCCUCCACUCCUAUCCAGGGCUCCAUCCCAGAUGGGAAGCCCCUGCGGACACUUCUGGGUGAUCCUGUGCCAUCUCUCUCAGCUGCCGCCUCCACCUCUAGCCAGCCUCUCAGUCAGUCUCAGGCACGGACAUCCCAGCCCCGGAGCUCUCAGCCACCUGCCCACACCUCAGUCAAGAAAGCCAGCACAGACCUGCUGGCUGACAUCGGUGGAGACCCCUUUGCUGCUCCCCAGGUGGCACCAACUUUUGCUGCAUUCCCAGCCUUUGGGGGCCAGACACCUUCCCAUGGGGGCUUCGCCAACUUUGAUGCCUUUGGCAGUAGCCCCAGCUCUUCUGCGUUUGGAAGCAUUCCUCCAGCUGGCCAAGCCCCGUUCCAGGCCCAGCCAACACCCCCAGCCAGUCGGAUGCUAACUGGAAGUUACAGCUUCGGGAGCAGCCAGGUGACUCCAUUUGGUGCCUCUCCUCUUGCACCUGCCAGUCAGCCAAACAGCCUUGCAGAUAUGGGCAGCCUCCUGGGACCUGGGGCAUCAACUGGAGGGAUCCCUAGCAGCAUCUUCGGGAUGACCAGCCAGGUCCCCAUGCUCCAGUCUGCUGCUACUGGUGGAGGCAGCAACACAGGGCUUGCCUUUGGAGCCUUCACCAACCCGUUCACCGCGCCUGCAGCUCACCCGCAACUGCCUUCCACCAACCCCUUUCAGACCAAUGGUUUGGCCACAGGGCCUGGUUUUGGGAUGAGCAGUGCUGGGCCUGGCUUCCCCCAGACAGUGCCACCCCCCGGGGCAUUUGCCAGCACUUUCCCGCAACCGCUGUUCCCCCCACAGACUUCCAUGACUCUGCAGCAGAAUGGCUCUUCCUUCAAUGACUUAGGAUCAGCUAAGCUGGGUCAGAGGCCACUGAGCCAGCCGGUUGGGAUCUCCACCAACCCCUUCAUGACUGGACCCUCAUCAAGCCCAUUUGCUUCCAAGCCUCCUACCAACCCCUUCUUGUAGCACUGUGUCCUGGGGGGCCUCUUCCCUGCUCUCUGGGGCCCCUCUACCCCCUGGAGCUCUGGCGACCACUUGCCUGUGGCAUUUCUGUGGAUCUGAGACCAGAAUGGGCUUUAUUUUGCAGGGAGGGAUCUUGGGGAUGGUGAGGUGCUAAUGCUUUGCUUGGGGCUUGCAGAUAAAAGGGCAGCUUUGUGGGUCCGCUACCCCCCAAGGCUCCCUCUCUUCUUCCCUCCAGCCCCCACCCAGGCAGAAGUCCCAGGAGAAGGCAGGACCUGGCUAGACAAGCAAUGGUGUUUUAAUUCUCACAUUAUGAUGACAUAGUCCUCUUCCUCUCCUGGGUGGAGGAAGCUGUGUAUACAGGUUGACCUGAGCUGCCCUGUGGGAACAGCUCUUCCCAUGCCCAGCUUCCCAGCCCUGUUCACCUCGGGCAGAAGUGCAGUGCGAAAAGUAGGGUAAAGGUGAAGAUGAGACGUGUUAGCGAGAGACAAUGAUCAGACAGGCCAGAGGCCCUUGGUGCCCUGGCUCAAGCUGGGCACCCUUGCUCCCCACCCUCACCAAGCAAGGAGGCUUCCACAGUUUUGCUUCCCAGCUCCCUCCUUCAUCCUGGGCCCUCAGGAUGGAUCGUUACCUGCAUACUUUCACACACCCAACUCCCAUCAAGCACUUUAGUUAGCUGUGGUGUCAUGUUUGGAUACCAGUGUUUUAUAUUUAUACAUAGAGAGUUUUCUAAUAUAGCCUAUUAUAUAUAUAUAUAUAUACACACACACAUACACACACACACACUCACAUACAUAGAGAUAUAUUACUCAGCCGCCAUUCUUUCCAGACAGCUCUUUUACAUGGGGAGCCGGAUGAAUCCCCAUCUGUGCCUCGACCAGCAAAGCCGAGCUCCAGGGGGUGGGGGAGGGCAGCACAUAUCCUGUGCAGCCACAUGUCCCCAGCACCCCAGAGCCCAGGCUUUUCCAGGGAAAGGUUUUGUGCAAUUGGCUGUUUUUUUUUUUUCUUUUUUUCCACGUGCCUCCGCUGCCCCUGAAUCUCUGCACCAAAGCUGUUGCUGGCAAUGUUGGAAAAGAACUGCAUUUGAAAGAAAAAGAAAAUGGCUCUCCUGGUUUUGCUUUGGGCCAGCUUGGGGGGCCUCCUGUCACGCCACAUGACUGAUCCUGGGUGGCCUGAGCCCAGAUGAUGCCUCCUCCUUUGGCCAAACACAGAACUCACUGCCAGAAGGCCAGUCCCUGUGUGAACUGGAGUCAUGCAUUAUCAUGGCAGA